AUGCGGGACCAGUCAAACAAUCACGACGGGUACGAAGUCGACUUUGCCAACGGCGCUGCUAGAAAGGUGCGGAAGAGCGUGUCCAACACGGAUUCGGACGAUCCGCCUUCCGGACCCGUCGACUUGGACGAUCUCUUUUCGGACAAGAUUCGUCGUGUUGAUCUGGACGAAACAAGUCUCUUUUCCGAUGAAGGAGGCUCUUCCGAGUUUGACGAAGAAGACGAUCCAUUGUUGGAAGGUCGUGGACGGUUCUUCAGCAAUCCCAACAAGCGACUUUUGGACAAUGAUGCCUCCCUCAUUCCAGGAUCGCCCUUUUCCAAGCCCAUGAACAAGGUAUCCAAUCGUCCGUCGGAACCACUGGCGAUUGCCAAGUACGCAAGUGUCAUGGCUUUUCUGCUCACCAUCGGAUGGGUGGCUUUGCUUUUCUUUGUCGCCAUUUGGAACUACAAUUCCAUUGGUCGGAUCAUUGUCGAGUGCUUUCUGGCGGCAUUGGCAUUUUUCGGGCUCUUUUGGAACUCAUACUUCAUUAUUGCCACACGUGCCUUCAAGACCAACACCAAGUACUGCUCCAUCAUACCCGAAACCAAACCUCCGGAAACGGCAUGGAUGGAAGUCACUAUUCAAAUUCCUGUCUACAAGGAAUCGCUACAGGAAGUUAUGAUUCCCACGCUAAAAUCCUGCAUGGCUGCUCGGCAUUACUACAACCAAAAAACGGGUGCACGCUGCAAUAUUGUCAUUUGCGACGACGGCAUGAUGGCCUACCUCCGGGACAACUUCGCCGCCGCGGAAAUGCUUUGGGAGAACAUUGUCGAUUCCAAAGGACGCGUUGUUCGGCUCAGCAAACUACUCAAACGCGUACCGUCCGCCUCCCGACGUCAUCUCAAGGGACUCCGCAGCAAGCAUGUCUACGAAGUCUUCCAUCGAAUGCUCUACUACUAUCAUUACAAGAUUGGCUUUGUCGCGCGAUCCACCGUGGAUCGUCGCGGUAAGUUCAAAAAGGCGUCCAAUCUUAAUUCGCACCUGCGCUUGGCCCUCGGGGCCUCGCAACUACAAGAGUCGCAAGGAGAUAUCUCUUACGAAGAAGCCUUGUUACACGAGUCGCACAAUGAGGACGGAUCGCGCUACAUUAUGUUCGGCAACGACAUUAAGAUCGGUCAUUUAAUUGUGGUAAACGAUGCCGACGCCAGGAUGGCCGAGUCGGUCAUCGUGAAGACGGUACCCGAGUUUCUCAAUGAUCACACGCUCGGUUUCACCCAGCACGCUACCAAGACCAUGAACGAGCAGCGUGGCGAGUCGUACUACACCAACAUGUUGACGGUUUACACGGACGCGCUGUACCAGGGUCACUUUUUGUUGUCGUCCAUUAUGGGUUGUCAUCCUCCCCUCGUCGGUCACUCGAUCUUUUUGCGAACGGAAGCAGUCAAGCAAUGUGGACGAAUGCGGACCCUCCGCAAGGCCCAACGCUGGCUGCGGAACAUUGGGUUGCAGUUCUUACCCGUCGAUCAAGUCGGAUUUAGCAAUUUGCACGCCGAAAAUCGUAUCGAAUACUGGUCCGAAUCCCAUGUGUCGGAAGAUUUUGAACUCAUGUUGCAUCUUUACAAUCUGGGUUUCAACGGACGGUACUGCGCCUAUCCGGAUUGCGAAUUUCAGGAGGGUAUCACACGGACGUUCGAUGAAGAAGCCGGUCGGCAUCGCAAGUUUGCCCUGGGUGCACACGAACUCGUUUUCAAUCCGUUUAACGAGAUGCUGGGCCACGGUGUCUUUACGCCGCUCUUCAAUACAUUUCUACGGUGUGAUAUCCCGAGCUACUACAAGGUCUUUUUGACAGCCUAUCUGUGCUCCUAUACUUCCGGUGGAGCCUACAUUAUUGUCUUUACGAUUGCUGCCAUUGCGCGAAUUCUCGACAGUGAAGGCGACAUUGAGUCCAUUUACAGCUUUUCGCCGGCGGGAAUUAUUGUCUUGAACAUUAUCGCCUUUUAUGUUUUGGGCUAUGCAACGUUUAUCAUUUCCUUGCUGCGCAUGCACUUUAUCAACAACAAGUUGCUCUUUCCGGAGUACCGCAAAAAGUGCGGUGGAGCGCUGUACAUUGUCUGUGUCAAUUUGCGUUACUGCUUGACCUUUCAAUUCCUCUUUUAUACUGUCGCAUCGAUCACUUUUUUCUUUUUGGGAUCCAUGGAUCACAUGCUCUCGCGGCCCAACAUUUGCGGCGCCACGAACAAGGACUCGAUCACGAUAACUCGCUGUGUGGCUUUUUGGGAAAUGGCCAAGUUCAAUAGUGGCUCGUGGAUGGUUGCCGCCUGUAUGGCCGUUCUCGCCUACUUGACUAUUCUGCAGGACGAAGGCUUUGCUUACAACAAACUGCCCGACGAUAUUUUGAAACACGCCCUGUUCGCUGGCCCCGCCUUUUUCUUGGCGGUGAUGGCGUUUAUUGUUCCAAUUCUGUUGAAUCCGUUUAUUCUUGGCUGGCCCUUUCACCGCCGGCCCAAGACGCCGAAACAGCCAGUUCCGAAGAAAAAGAAGAAAGUCGUCCGCAAGGAUGCUUUGGGUCGCGUUGUGGACAUUCGGACUUUUAUGGAUACGGCGGAAGAACUGGAUCAAGAAAUGGAGCGCGUCCAGGGCAAACCGGAUGUUGAGUUGGGCAGUUUGGCCACCAAGGAUGUGUUUUCUCAUGGUAGUCCCGGCGUCACUAGUUUGAAAAAACUGGAAUUGGGGUCAGGGGAGGGUGCUCGUGUGGGUCGGGAGCGACCUCGCGGACCAAUGAAGAGCAUUGCCGAAGCGGAACCGCAUGGGACCAGCAACCGACUAGGAGGAAAUAACCGUCGGCCUUCUACAACACAUUCCGAGCCUUCGGGCAGUCGGCAGAACCGGGCGAUCACGGGUCGUUCCGGCCGGCCAAACUCUCGUGUUGCCUAUUCCACGGACGUUUACGCGUCCGAGGUGUAAGGCAGACG